AUGGCGAUGCCGCCCGCCUUCUUCUACCUGUGCGCCUCGUACGCAGUGCUCCUCGUGUGCUUCAUGGGCUUCGGGGAGUUGCUGCUGUGGAGAAAGCCGAGUCCCGACGAACAAGCACAGCAGGACAACAUCGGCCGGUUGAUCCGCACCUCCUACGAUGACCUCGGCUCGAUGACGUUCGCCGAAAAGUCGGUGAUGUCGUGGUUCGGGGUGUUGGUGUUGUUGUGGGCCACUCGUGAUCUCGGAUUCGUGCGCGGCUGGGGUGAUCUGCUCUUCGCACCCGAUCACGCCAAAAUGCUGACCGAGUCGGUGUCCGGCAUCGUCGUGGUGUACGUGAUGUUCCUGUGGCCAAAGUACGGUUUCGGGGACGAGCAGCGCAGUCGACGACCCCUCAAGGCCAACGAGAACGACCGGAUCCUGACGUGGCCCAUCAUCACCGAGAAGCUCAGCUGGUCGAUCAUCAUCCUCGUUGGCUGCGGGUUUUGCAUCUCGGAAGGUGUGACGGCAAGCGGCCUGUCGAAAAUGGUGGAAGGUUUCGUGAGGGGAAUGCACGACGUCAAUCCGCUCAUUGUCCAAGCCAUCCUCAUGGCCGUCGUCGUCGCCAUGACCAACUUUAUGAGCAACUCCGGGACGGCUAAUAUUUUUGUUCCGUUGGCUAUGGAUGCGGCGAAAGGCCUGAACUGGCACCCAUACCGGCUUGGACUUCUCGCCGCCAUCGGGCCGUCGUUGGCCUUCAUGCUGCCGAUGGCCACCCCGUCGAACGCGCUCGUUUAUGACACCGGCUACAUCUCGUUCUUCGAGCUGUUCUACACCGGCGCCCUGGUCAACGUGUUCUGCAUCGCCGUCACCAUCUUCAGCGUCAACACCUGGGCGUACUGGGUGCUGAACAUGAAGGUCGACGUCUGGGGAAUGGCCCCGACGAACGCCACGAUGACGCUUUUGAACGCUUACCACAAAGCCCGUAUCGCCAAGUUCCUGAAGAGCUACUGGAUCAUCAUCGGGCCGAUCCUGUUCAGCCCGCUGCUGUUCUUCGGAAAGCCUCUCCAAUGCGUGUGGUGCAUCUGCCUGAUCGCCAGCUACUGGAUCGCCGGUGUGGGACCACUCGGGGUCACCUGUCUCCUCCCCGUGUUCCUGUUCCCCUUCUUCGGCUUCACCUCGGCCCAGAAGGUCGUCUCCUUCUUCUUCAAGGACACCUCCGUGAUGCUGUUCAUCACCCUCGGCAUGGGCAUCGUCGUCGAGGAGGUCAACCUGCAUCGGCGGAUCGCGUUGAAGAUGUUGUGCUGGGUACAACUCGAGCUUGACAACAACUUCAACAAGUUCAGUCAAUCCGGAAAAGCGGCUGUGUCCAGCCCAGAGACGUCGUCCCGGAAGAGCUCGAACAAGAGCCAGAAGAAGAGCAGCUCCCAGAAGCCUAGCAGUUCUAAGAAGCAGAGCAGCGCCCGCAAGCCGGGCGGGGCCGAGCAGCCGACGACGACCACCAUCGAGACGAACGCGUUCGCGACGGACGCGCAAAAAUCUCAGGAGCGCCUCGACAAGGCCGAGAUUGUCAGGAAGAACUUGGCUGCCCUCCUCCAACUCGUCGCCGCCUUUUCAGGUUUCCGCAAGGCCAUGAUCCUGGCCUGCUCGCAUGCGUCGCUCAUCGGCGGCACCGCCAUCAUCACCUCCACCGGCCCGAACCUCAUCUUCAAGGGCGAGCUCGAGACACGCUCCCACUCCCAGGACAACCAUCCCCCCUUCUUCCCGAUCGAGCUGCACGUCUCCUACUUCCAGUGGGCCGCCAUGGCAAUCCCGCCAGCCUUCCUGUACUUGGUCGCGUCGUACGCGGUGCUGAUCGUCUGCUUCUGCGGCUGUGGGGAACUGCUGCUGUGGAGGAAGCCGGGAGCCGAGGAGCACCGGCAGCAGCUGAACAUCCGCGCCAUCAUCCACAACUCGUACGAGGAUCUGGGGCCGAUGACGUUCGCCGAAACCUCUGUGAUGUCGUGGUUCGGGGUGUUGGUGUUGCUGUGGGCCACCCGCGACCUCGGCUUCAUCCCCGGCUGGGGUGACUUGAUCUUUGAGCCGACGCACGCGAAGAUGAUGACCGAGUCGGUAGCUGGGAUUGUCGUGCUGUACGUGAUGUUCCUGUGGCCGCGCUAUGGGUUUGGGGAUGAACAGAGGACCAACGAAAACGACCGUAUCCUGACGUGGGCCCUAAUCCAGCAGAAGCUCAGCUGGUCGAUCAUCAUGCUCGUCGGUUGCGGCUUUUGCAUCUCUGAAGCUGUUAAGGGCAGCGGCCUUGCCAAGGAGGUCGAGCUACUGGUUCGCGGGCUGAGCGGCAUCCACCCGAUCAUGGUGCAGUUGAUCCUGCUCACCGCCGUCGUCGCCAUGACCGAGUUCAUGAGCAACGCCGGCACGGCCAACAUCUUCGUGCCGUUGUCGAUGGAGGCGGCAAAGGGCCUGAACUGGCACCCAUUCCGGCUUGGACUUCCGGCCGCCAUCGGACCGUCGCUGGCCUUCAUGCUCCCCAUGGCCACGCCCCCAAAUGCGCUGGUCUACGACACGGGAUAUAUAUCGUUCUUCGAGCUGUUCUACACGGGCGGCGUGCUGAACAUUUUCUGCAUCGCCGUCACCAUCGUCAACAUGAACACGUGGGCCUACUGGCUGCUGAACAUGAACGUCGACAUCUGGGCAAUAGCCACUUCUAUGACGCCUACGAACGCGACUACGAUGGCGCCUAUCAACGCUACCACCACAGCCGCCCCUAGUGUCGCCCAAUUCGAUUUG